AUGGACGCGCAGGUUGGCAAUAAAUUUCGCUUCGGUGAAAAGAUUGGGGGAGGAUCAUCUGGGAAGAUUUACAAAGGUUCCUUUUUUCUUGUAUUUUCAUUCUUUUCUCUUAGCUUUGGUUCUAUUUAUGCUCUCCAAGGUGUUGUCGCAAGAUUUCAAAUUUUUCCGAGGAACUUCUAACUUGCCCCUAUGCAGGGACUGAUAUCCAAACAAACGAAGAAGUGGCCAUUAAACUUGUAAGUUUCUGCUGUUGGAUGGAUCGUUAUCCUGGAACUUUCUUAAUAUGUCCCAACAUGCGUUAUUCUGCAACUUUGAUUAUAUUUUACUGAAUAAACAAGCAAUUAUUUAUUUAUUCUUUUGACUUUUGGAUGUAGAUGUAAAUUGAAGAUUAUGACGUAUUUAACCCAUUUUUUAUUGUGAAAAUUUUAGGACAUUGACUUCUUUAAAUGGGAGAUAAUUUUCUAUUAAAGUUUUCAUCACGAGUUGUAGUUUAUCUUCUUCAUGUUACAUUGGAGCUAUUUAGACAUAUGGGGUUUCGUGCUUUUCUAUGCAUGAUUGAUGGUGGUUGAUGUUUUUUAUUAUUUUUCUUCUUCAAUAACUUAUAAACCGUUAAUUUAUCAAUACUUAGUAAACCUUUUUGUUUUCUUUUGAGGAGUCAUAAAGAACAGCAUUUGAUUUUCAAAAUAAAUAAUAUGUUGUACAAUGUCGUGGAGAUGUUUUCAAUUCUGAGUAAACCUCCAUCAUAUGCCCAUGUUAAAGUGAGAGUAGACACACUUUAACAUAUUCGACAAUUGUUGUUUUCAUAUAGUAUAUUUUGUGAGAACUCUAUAGAUUUUGUUGAGUUAUGGACUAACUCAAUAUUAUUUUGAUGACUUCUAGUCAUUAAUUUAAAAUCAUGAAAUUGAUGAUAUAAAAUGUAAAUUUAGAUGAAAAAUUGAUAUUUUGGAUGAGAGAUUAUGAAUACAUAUAUGCAAGAGAAUUUCAACCUAAAGGCUAAGGUAUAGAAAUAUUAAAUAUUAGAAUACAUAUAUUUCUCAUGCUCUAGACCAUGGGAAAUAGUUCAUACUAUUUCAAAUUCUCAUCAUAGAUAGAAAUAUUAGAAUAUUUUAAUAUAAAUAUAAUAAAUAGUCUAUAUGAGGUAAAUCUAUCAUAAUCUUAUAUGAAAGUUCUAAUAUUUGAUUUUUUUGUAUCAAAUAACUUUGCUUAUACAUGCAUAUGAGUAACCAAUAGAAAGUUCUUUGAGUAAGGAGUCAAAUUAAAUAAAUUUGAAGAAAAAUAUCUAGGUACUAUCAUAGACAUGAAAAUUCAACUAAUUAUAGAAAACUAAUUUAAAGAGGAAUUAAAAACUAAAAACCAUAUCAAAACUUAAAGUAUUAAGGGAGUUAUUUUAAAAAAAAAAUCAUUUUUCUAUAUUUUAUAGAGCCCAAUUAUUUGACUCAAUAUGAGCCAAAAGGGAGUGUUCUAGCUUAACUUAGGAAGGGACAUUCCACCCAAAUAGGGUAAUAAGAAAAUAUAUAAUUUUUAAAUAGCAAAGGCCAUUUCCAAAGAUAUUUCUCCUCUCAAAUUUCAAAGAACCAAAUACAAAAUCAAAUUACUUAAAGGGUGUUGUGACUAUCAUUUGGAGUGUCAAAUACUUCUUCCUUUAACCCAACAUUGAUCAAGUACAACAACUCAUGGUGUACCAAAAUGAAUUUGAAGAUUAUGGUAACUUCAUUUUAGUUGUUUGUUUUUUUUUUUUUGAUCUGCAAUAUGUGAAUAAGUUGAAACACUCAUAGUAUGUUAUCACUGUAGUCACAUAGGUUGUGAUGUACUUGUGGUGUGCUUGCAAUGAAAAAAAUCUAGGACUGCAAAGAUCAGAGUUAUAAGUGAAGUAAUCACAUGCCCAUGAAAUUUAUUGAUGUGAAGGGUUCUUAAUUUGUAUAAAAUCAAGUGUAUUAUGAUAGUAGAAUACUAGAAUUGAGGUGAUUUUCUUAAAAGUGGAUGUAGCCCAAAUGAAUUUGGUCAAACAACUAUAAAAAUCUAGUGCUCACAUUAUUCUUAAUUUAUCUUAUAUUUAUAUAUCAUAAAAUGAAAAAUAUUAUAAUUAAUUAUUAAAAAAAUAGAAAUCAAUUCACCCCCUUCCCUCUUGAUUUAUCUAGCCAUCUAGUGAGCUAUAAAUUUCCCACAAAUUAUGACAUCAUUAUGGUUGGAGCCAUAAUGAUGGUGAUUUGUGUUGAUCGUUAGAUGACUUGAUAAAUCAAAAGGAUAUGGGGUGAAUUAAUUUUUUCAUAUUUUAUUUAAUUAAAUAUAAUAUUUUUAUUUUUAUAUAUUAAUGUUAAAGUAUAUUUAUAAACUAAUAUAUAAUUACGAAAUAAUCAAGACGAAUUUGUGAACAUCUGAUUUUAUAAUAGUUUGACCAAACUCUUUUUGCCUACAUCCACUUUUGAGGAAUCUACUUAAAUUUUACUAUUCCACUAUUAGAAUACAAUUGAUUUUGUUGAAAUCAAGAACCACUUACAUCUCUAGGCUUUGUGACCCUAUAACCUCUAUACCUAGAACAUUCAACUUAGAAGUUAUAGAUCCUUUUGUUCUAGACAUGCCACACGAGCUUGAAUGACCCAUGUGAUUAUGUUAAUGACACAUCACAUACAUUACAAAUCAAAAAUAAAAAUAAACAAACACUAGAAUGAAGUUGCCAUAGCCUUCAAAUGUUGUUUCGGUGCACCAACAAUUGUUGGGGUACUUAAGAUGGGAUGAAGUGUUUUAAACUCCAAAUGACAUCCAUAGUUCUCUUGAGACUACUUAAUUUUGCCUUUAAUUGUUCAAGACUUGAGAAGAGGUGACACAAAAGAAGAACAUCUUUUGAAACAUCCAUCAUCAUUUGAAAUCCUUUAUUUUAUUACUCUCUAAUUUGGACAAAAUGUCUCCUUUUAGUUUUUGGCCCUAAUUAAGCCAAAUGUUUGGAUUUAGGUGAUCCUUAACAAACUAUGUGUGGAUCUUGAAAAAUACACAAAAAUGACAUAAGGUUUGAAAAAAUCAUAACUCUCUUAAUACUAUGAAUUUUGAUGCAUAGUAUUUAGAUUUGAAUUCCUCUUUUGGUAAGCUUUCCAUUGAAUACUUGAAAGCCUAAAUUUGUAAUAUAUUUUCUUAGAUAAAAUCAUUUUAGUUAGAUAAGUUAAACUUUCAAAUUUUUUUGUCCUUAGGCAAAAAUAUUACUUUAGUAGUAUUGUAAAAUCAAUUACAAAUCAAUCACUUAAAAAUUUCCUCCAAAAUUCAUUCCAUUUGACUCCUCAUUCAAAGAGAUUUCUGUUAGUUACUCAUAUGCCUAUAUUGUUGAAGUCAUAUGAUACAUAAAAGACUAAAUAUUUACUUCAUACAUAUAUUUUAUUGUAUUUAUACUUAGAUAUUUUAACAUUUAUGUCCCUGAUGAGAAUUUUGAAAUUGUAUGAGAUAUUUUUUACUGUCUAAGUUAUCAAUUUAAUAUUUAUACAUCUUAGUCUUUUUACUAAUUUUUUUUUCAAUGUAUAUACUAAUAAUCUAUACUCUUUAAUCUCAUCCAAGAUAUCAAUCUCGAAUUAACUUUAUAUUUCAUAUCAUAAAAUGAUUUUAUAUUAAUAUUUAUAAAUUAUCAAAAUAAUGUUGAUUUAACUCAUAACUCAACAUUUGAGUUUUGUGCUUAAACUAUUUUUUUCUCUAUAAAAUAAGUUUGAAUUGUAAUAUGCUCUUUGGUGUCACAAUUUCAUUCUAAAACCUGUAUGCUUUUGCUGUUGGAGGUAUCUAUAUUUGAUUUUUUAGUUUCAUGAAACUAUUGAGAAGCUUUUAAAUAAAUCAAUACACUAGAUGAACUUUCAUAAUUUGAAUCAUCAGCCUCUCCUCAGGUUUUUAGACUAAAUAUCUAUACAGUCACAUGUAGACCCUAGGAAACAAUGAAAGUUUAAAUCGGGACUAGCAAUUCUAUGACAUGGAUCGAUGGAAAUUAUUUGAAUUUAGAUUUGGUGGCCCCCGUAUUGACACAGAAAAAGUAGGUCCAAUAUGUUCUUUGUGGUUGUCAUUUGAAGUCAACUAUUUGGUAGUUUCCAUAUAAAUAACUGGAUAAGGUUGAUGCAUUUCUAUCAUAGAAGUGUGCCUAAAAAAUUACAAACAUUUAUACUUCUUGAAAUGCUGUUGUUAUUUCUAUCAAUUACCUAUGGGAACAUUGGGAAUUUUUAAUAUUUUUUUUCACAAAUCCAUACAUUUUCCUUCAUUAGUACAACUUAUUUUUUCAUGUGGUAGAGUUUCUAUCUUUGAAAGGUUGUGUCCAUUGUCUUGAAAAUAAUUUCUCUUUCUUAUCAAAGAAGUGGAUAUUACUCUAUUGACCUUUAAUUCCUUUUGCCAAGAUGUUCUCCUAUCUUGUACUAAUGGAUUCCUAUGAGGAAUUUACGCAUGAGUUUUUGCUUCUUUUCACUCGUCAAUAAUGGUAUGCAAUUAGCACAUUAAAGACAAUAGUGAAAGGUUACAGACCAAAGAGAGAGCAUCAUCCUCAUUUGAAUUCUAUUUUAUUGUGUAUCGAAAUGAAUUCAAUUUCACAAUUAUUCAAUCAUAUACCACAUUUAUAUUAAUCUUAAGUUCCCCUACGUGUUUAGUAAUAAAUUGUUUGAUAAUUAACUGCCCCCUUUUAUACCGUGUUUUUAAUAUUUUUUGUAUAGUGGGCAGUUUUCCUACAUAAAUUGCUUUUAUGUACGGUGUCUUUAUCUUCUUCCCCUUUUUCCAGGAAGAUAGAACGACAGACCAUCCGAAAAUCCAACGUGAAUCAAAGCUGUACGAAAUCCUUGUAGGAGGAAGUAAUAAACUAUUACUGCCAAAAUUUACGUGUAAUUUAUCUUGUUUUAUUUUCGACAUGGGAUUAACUUUCUUUUCAAUUGUGUAGCUGGAAUUCCGCACGUGAGAUGGUUUGGUGUCGAAAGUGACUAUAAUGUUCUCGUGAUGGACUUAUUAGGACCGAGUCUCGAGGAUCUUGUCAAUCAGUGUGGUGGAAAGCUAUCUCUGAAGAGUGUCUUAAUGCUCGCUCACCAAAUGGUAGAUUCUUUUCAAAUUUUUUCCUCAACCAUUAUAAUAUAAGCAUGAUAUUCUAGUUUUACAUCUUUUUCUUGUUUAUACUAUUUUCUUGAUAUUUAUCAGAUUAAGAGGUUAGAGUAUGUUCAUCGUAAAUCCCUUCUGCAUCGAAAUAUAAAGCCUAAGAAUUUUCUCAUGGGCAUGGGAAGACAUGCAAACAAGGUUGGAUUUAAGUAAAUUUCUUAUAAUUUUGUUUGAGAGUGUUACUAUCAUCCUAUAAUGCGGCCUAAUCAAUAUUAUUUCUUCAAUUUAGGUGUACAUAAUUGGCUUCAGCCAUGGAAAGAAAUUUAUAGAUACAAAUACACAUCAGCACAUCUCAUACAGGUAACUGGAUAGUUUUUAUAUUUAUAAAUAAGAUUUGUUCACUGAACUUUUGUUGUUAAUUUAUGGAAUAUUAAAUUUACCUAAAUGCCCAGCACAAGGGUAACGAUGGGAUGCAAAGCCUCUAGCACAAAACUAACAUGAAAUCACCAUAGAUGGAUGGGGUGGAUCGAUAGUUGCACAUCUACACAAUUAGAUGAUUUUCUUUAGGACCAUGCUGCAUGGUAGAAUCAUCAAUAUGCUGAUGUAGAUUUCCAUGUCUAAUCUUUGGAGAUGCGUCCACUCAUGUCUAUUUUGCAUGAAAGAAAUAUUUAUCUGCUGCUUGCUUGCCUUAGUCAAUUGGAAUUCUUAGAUAUUUUUUAAUUGAAGCUGAUCGCAAUGAGAAGCUUGCUUUUGUUCUUGGAUAUUUUGUGCAAGUGUUUCCUACCCCCUUCUUAUUUCUGCAUAGACUUGAGAGUUCUUAUUUGCAAUGUCUAAUGUGUCUUCAAAUCAUCAUAGAGAGAAUAAGAGUUUGAAACGGACAGGGAGAUAUGCCAGUAAGAACGCCCAUCAUGGUAGAGGUAUGUGGCCAACAUUAAUUUAUUUCAUGUGCCAUAUUCGAUAAAUUUACUAUGAGAAUUGCAAGCACUGAAAGCCCUUUCUUUGGGUGAUAAGAACAAGGUAGGAGGGAUGAUCUAGAGUCACUCGGCUAUGUUCUCAUGUAUUUGUUAAGAGGAAGGUAAUCUUUUCUUCCCCACGGUCGGCAAAAUAUUUAUGCGUGGAUUUAUUAUAUUAGUUGCUAAUUUUCUUUACCUUUCUUCAGUCUACCAUGGGAGGACCUGAAAGGAGGCACUAAAAGACAAAAAUAUGAAAAAAUCAGUGAAAAGCUUUCCAUGUCGAUUGAGGUAUUACUCAAAAAUCGUAAAAAAAUAAAACGAGUGGUAUCUUAUGACAAUUCAUCCUCUCUCUCUCUCUCUCUCUCUCUCCCUCUCUCUCUCUCUUCCCUUCUUCUAAAUAACAUUGCAUUCAUCUCUCUUGUAGGCCUUGUGUUAUGGAUACCCUAUAGAAUUUGCAUCGUAUUUCCAUUAUUGCUGCUCCCUCCGCUUUGACGACGAACCUGACUAUGCUUACUUGAGAAAAAUAUUUCGUAGUCUCUUUAAUCGGGAAGGUAAGAUGAUUAAUGUCUAUAUAUUUAUACUUACACAAACAGUGAUAUUUAUGUCACGGAGUUGUAAUCAUCACUAAUCUUGGAGACAUCCCCUUGUUCGUAGGUUUUCAAUAUGACUACAUAUUUGAUUGGACGACACCGAAGUAUCAGCAAUGUCAAUGUUCAAAGGAGCUUGCACAUGUACCGGUGAGUAGGUUGUCGCAAGAGCUCUGAGUAUAAUCUUCACGUCAUCUUCAAAAAUUUAAGAUAUUUAUAUGCCCAUGAAAAUACCGAUUUUUUUUUUUUUGUUGCAGGGUCCUGCUCAUAAGCCAAACAAUACGUUGCACCCCCCCAUAGCCAAUGCAUGUGGACGGUCGGGUGAGUUUACUAGCCAAGCUCAAUUUCUCUUUUUUCUACAUGAAGUAUGAAUAUAAGCCUACCCUCCUUCAUAAAAAGAUGCUCAUCUUGGAUUCUGGUUUGUGCUCACUGGUUGAUCCCUGCCUAUGAUAGCUUCAGAUACUUUAAAGCUUCUCUCUCUCUCUCUCUCUCUCUCUCUUUGUAUUUGGUCCUCGAAGAUUCACACGUGAAUAAGUUUGAUCAUACACCUUCCCUUCUAGAUCAGACACUGUGAAUGGAUUUGAUAUGGCUAUUUUCUAUCCGAUCUUUAGUUGCUUCUGAGAUAGGUGAUCUACCUAAGCCUCAUUCAUGCCCGACCAUCCUCAUCUAGAGUUCAUGGAUCGUAGCCCCUGUGUCGUGGAUACCCUAUAAAAUUUGUAUUGUAUUUCUAUUAUUGUUGCUCCCUCUACUUUGACGAUGAACUCGACUAUGCUUACUUGAGAGAAAUAUUUUGUGGACUCUUUAAGUACGAAUGUAAGAUGAUUAGUGUCUAUAUAUUUAUACUUACACAAGCGGUGACAUUUACAUCACGGAGUUAUAAUCACCAUUAAUCUUAGAGACAUCCCCUCGUUCGUAGGUUUUCGGUUUGACUACGUAUUUGAUUGGAUGACACUAAAGUAUCAACAAUGUCAGUGUUCGAAGGAGCUUGCGUGUGUACCGGUGAGUGGGUUGUCGCAAGAGCUCUGAGUAUAAUCCUCGCAUCAUCUUCAGAAAUUUUAGAUAUUUAUAUGCCCAUGAAAGUGUUGAUCUUUUUUUUCUUCAUCGCAGGGUCCUACUCAUAAGCCAAACAAUAUGUUGUGCCCUCCUAUAGCCAAUGCUCGUGGAUGGUCGAGUGAGUUUACUGGCCAAACUCUUUUCUCUAUGUGAAGUAUGAAUAUAAGCUUGCCCUCCUUCAUAAAAAGAUGCUCCUCUUGGAUUCUGGUUUGGACUCACUGGUUGAUCCUCGCAUGUGAUAGCUUUAGAUACUUUAAAGCUUCUCUCUCUCUCUCUCUCUCUCUCUCUCUCUCUCUCUCUCUCUCUCUCUCUCUCUCUCUCUCUCUCUCUCUCUCUUUGUAUCUGGUCCUCGAAGAUUCACACCUGAACGAGUUCGAUCAUACACCUUCCCUUCUCAAUCAGACACUGUAAAUAGAUUUGACAUGACUAUUUUCUAUUCAAUCUUUAGUUGCUUCUGAGACAGGUGAUUUACCGAAGCCUCAUCCAUGUCCGACCAUCCUCAUCUAGAGUUCAUGGAUCAUAUUCUCGACGCUCGAUUAGCUUCAUUUCAACUUCUGUGAGAUGCCUUUACUUCACCAUUGAAUCCGACCGAUAUCUCAUGUCUUAGGGUGAGUAGUUCGAGAAAAAAGAGUAUGAUCAUCUCUCUUGUAAGCCAUGUGUCGUGGAUACCCUACAGAAUUUACAUCAUAUUUCCAUUACUGUUGCUCCCUCCACUUCGACGAUUAACCCGACUAUGCUUACUUGAGAAAAAUAUUUUGUGGUCUCUUUAAGUGCGAACAUAAGAUGAUUAAUGUCUCUAUAUUUAUAUUUACACAAGCGGUGACAUUUACGUCACGGAGUUGUAAUCACCACUAAUCUUAGAGACGUCCUCUCAUUCGUAGGUUUUCAGUUUGACUACGUAUUUGAUUGGACAACACCGAAGUAUCAGCAAUGUCAGUGUUCAAAGGAGCUUGCGUGUGUACCGGUGAGUGGGUUGUCGCAAGAGCUCUGAGUAUAAUCCUCGCAUCAUCUUCGAAAAUUUCAGAUAUUUAUAUGUUCAUGAAAAUGUCGAUCUUUUUUUUCUUCGUCACAGGGACCUACUCAUAAGCCGAACAAUACGUUGUGCCCCCCCAUAGCUAAUGCUCGUGGAUGGUCGGGUGAGUUUUCUGGCCAAACUCAGUUUUUCUUUUCUCUGCGUGAAGUAUGAAUAUAAGCCUGCCCUCCUUCAUAAAAAGGUGUUCCUCUUGGAUUCUAGUUUGUGCUCACUGAUUGAUCCCCGCUUGUGAUAGCUUCAGAUACUUUAAAGCUUCUCUUUCUCUCUCUCUCUCUCUCUCUUUGUAUCUGGUCCUUGAAGAUUCACACCUGAAUGAGUUUGAUCAUACACCUUCCUUUCUCAAUCAAACAUUGUAAAUGGAUUUGACAUGGCUAUUUUCUAUCCAAUCUUUAGUUGCUUCCAAGACAGGUGAUCUACCUAAGCCUCAUCCACGUCUGACCAUCCUCAUCUAGAGUUCAUGGAUCAUAUUCCCGAUGCUUGAUUAGCUUCAUUUCAAAUUCUACGAGAUGCCUUUACUUCACCAUUAAAUCUGACUGAUAUCUCAUGUCUUAGGGUGAGCAGUCCGAGAAAAAGAGUAUGAUCAUCUCUCUUGUAGGCCAUGUGUCGUGGAUACCCUACAAAAUUUACAUUGUAUUUCCAUUACUGCCGCUCCCUCCACUUUGACGAUUAACCCGACUAUGCUUACUUGAGAAAAAUAUUUUGUGGUCUCUUUAAGUGCGAACGUAAGAUGAUUAAUGUCUAUAUAUUUAUAUUUACACAAGCGGUGACAUUUACGUCACGGAGUUGUAAUCACUACUAAUCUUGGAGACGUCCCCUCAUUCGUAGGUUUUCAGUUUGACUACGUAUUUGAUUGGACAACACCGAAGUAUCGGCAAUGUCAGUGUUCAAAGGAGCUUGCGUGUGUACCGGUGAGUGGGUUGUCGCAAGAGCUCUGAGUAUAAUCCUCGCAUCAUCUUCGAAAAUUUUAGAUAUUUAUAUGUCCAUGAAAAUGUCGAUCUUUUUUUUCUUCGUCACAGGGACCUACACAUAAGCCAAACAAUAUGUUGUGCCCCUCCAUAGUCAAUGCAUGUGGACAGUCAGGUGAGUUUACUGGCCAAGCUCAGUUCCUUUUUUCUCUGCGUGAAGUAUGAAUAUAAGCAUGCCCUCCUUCAUAAAAAGAUGUUCCUUUUGGAUUCUAGUUUGUGCUCACUGAUUGAUCCCCGCUUGUGAUAGCUUCAGAUACUUUAAAGCUUCUCUCUCUCUCUCUCUCUUUGUAUCUGGUCCUCAAAGAUUCACACCUGAAUGAGUUCGAUCAUACGCCUUCCCUUCUCAAUUAGACACUGUAAAUGGAUUUGACAUGGCUAUUUUCUAUCCGAUCUUUAGUUGCUUCCAAGAUAGGUGAUCUACCUAAGCCUCAUCCACGUCCGACCAUCCUCAUCUAGAGUUCAUGGAUCAUAUUCUCGAUGCUCGAUUAGCUUCAUUUCAACUUCUGUAAGAUGCCUUUCACCAUUGAAUCCGACCGAUCUCUCGUGUCUCAGGGCGAGCAGUCCAAGAAAAAGAGUGUGA